UGCGUAUUGAGGAGAGGAAGAAUAAUAAUAUAUUAAAGUUGGGUUCUCACUUGCAACGUUUGUGUCAUGUCAGUAUUGGAUGAGUACGAUGUUUAAUAGCCAGAUAAUUAGGCUUGUUAAUGGGACGGCUGCUGGAUGGGGGAAUAUGGGUGAUAGUGCUACUCAACUCCUUAUGUCUUUGCUCUAUGAUAUAAUUCGUAAAGCUGGGACAACUCCGUCUACUGCUAGGAUAAUCGUGUUCUUUAUUCCUGGAUGGCUUCAUGUUAUUAUGGGAAUUUUGGUUUUAACUCUUGGUCAAAACUUGCCUGAUGGUAACCUUGCUUCUUUACAAAAGAAAGGUGAUGCUACUAAAGAUAAGCUCUCCAAGAUAUUAUGGUAUGCUGCAACAAAUUAUAGGACAUGGAUCUUUGUCUUGCUCUACGGAUACUCCAUGGGAGUUGAAUUGACUAUUGAUAAUGUGAUUGCUGAGUACUUCUUUGAUAGAUUUGAUUUGAAGCUUCACAUGGCUGGACUCAUCGCUGCAUGUUUGGUAUGGGUAACCUAUUAGCGCGAUUGUUUGAAGGAUGGACAUCAGAUUUUGCAGCCAAACAUUUUGGGAUUAGAGGCAGAUUAUGGAACCUAUGGAUAUUACAAACAGUUGGUGGAGUUUUUUGUUUACUUAUUGGAAGGUCUAACGCACUUCCCAUGGCGAUUGCUUGGAUGAUCAUAUUCUCUAUAGGUGCACAAGCAGCAUGUGGUGCAACGUUUGGUAUUAUUAAAGUUCGC